GAAGAAUAGGAGAGAUACAGAUAAACAAUCUCAUUCAAUUCUACAUUUCUUCCUUUCUGCUCUGCUCCUCUCCUCUUUUGUCUGUCUCAUCCAUACAUCUAUCAUCUAUCAUCUAUCCUAUUCAUUUUUUAAUUAUUUCAAAUAUUUUCAUUUAUUUUAUCUAAACCAUGUUUUCAUCUAAAUAGUGCAAGCAUUAAAAAUAAAUAGAGUGAUCAAAUUUUUACAAUUUCAAUGCACCCAACUCCAAAAACAAAAAUUUCUAAUUAAUAAUCGUGUUUAUAAAUCACCAUAAACAGGCAAAAAUAAUAAUAUUAAAAUAAAUAAUAAAAAUCUCAUCCUAUCGCAUUCUAUUUUCUACUAUAUAAAAUUAAUUUAUUAACCUUAUAAAUAACCGUUAUCUACUAAUAUCUUCUCCUAAAAAAAUGUGCUCCCCACCUUCCCCAACCACUUUGCAGUCUGCACCAUUUCAUUUUUCAUUUUUGAUUUUUUAAGAUCAUUUGAUACUGAAAUUAAAAUAAAUGGAGUGGGGACUAAGUUAUUUUCAAUUUCAGUAUCUUUUGUGGAGUUAAAAAAAAAAAACAAAACAAAACAAAGAAUUGUAAUUUUUAAGCAAGAAGUAGAAGCAAGGAACUAGGAUGGAAGCAGUCCUUGCUUGUAUUCCUCAUUUUUCAUUCUCCAAGGAAGAAGAAGAAGGAUAAAAAAGAAGAAAGGUCAGAACUUGAAACAAAAUCAGCUGAGAUACUUUGAGAUCUGUGUUUAAUUUAUGCUCCCUUUUUAGACUUGGGAAGCUUUCUGGGUGUAUUAAACUUUUUACCUUCAAAAAGAAUAAAAAUUCUUUCUUUUUGAGUUGUUGGAGAGAAUUGGAAAAAAAAAAACCCAGUUUCUGCUUCUUCUUGAAGAUUUGCCGUUGUAAUUGCCUUUUCUUUUAGCUACCCAGUUCCUCUCCAAACCCCUCUUUUUCUUUUCUACUUGCAAAUGCAGCUCUAUUCAGAAUUUGGAUGAAUUGAUGAUGUAUAUUCUUAUUUGAGCUUUUCCAUUUUUCCAAAGGCAUACUUGAGGAGUUGCAGCAGCUGACCAGCAACUAUUCUGUUGAGCACCAACAUCAAGACUAUCUAUGAAGCUCUAUUUUAUUCUGACAUUGUUGCUGCUCUUUCUCAUAUUUUCACCUCCAAGCUAUGCUAAUCUUAAGAACGACCAGCAAGCUUUGCUACAGUUUGCUGCUCUAAUCCCUCAUGGUCAUAAAGUAAAUUGGAAUUCCACUAUCCCAGUAUGCACUGCUUGGGUGGGAAUUAGUUGCAGCUUAGAUAACAAUAGUGUUAUUGCUGUUAGGUUACCGGGGGUUGGACUCAAAGGUCCGAUCCCGAAGGAUACUCUUGGGAAAUUGAAUCACCUAGAGACCCUCAGCCUUCGGUCGAACCUUCUCUCUGGGAAUCUUCCAUCUGAUUUGCUGUCCCUUCCUUCGCUCCAGUAUGUAUACCUCCAAAAAAAUAACUUAUCCGGAAAAAUUCCUUCUACAUUAUCUCCUCAACUCAUCGCAUUAGACCUUGCUUUCAAUUCCUUGGAGGGAGAAAUUCCAUCAUCGAUUCAAAACCUAAGUCGGUUAAACAAAUUGUUCCUUCAGAAUAACAGUCUUACAGGAUCCAUACCCAAAUUGAAUAAUCAAACUCUUAGAUUUCUGGAUUUGAGCAACAAUCACCUAAAUGGCUCAAUUCCGUUGACGCUUAGUAGCUUUCCUAAUUCUUCAUUUCAGGGUAAUACUGGGUUGUGUGGGCCACCACUCAACCAGUGUCCUGGUGUUUCUCCAACUCCUGCUCCUACACUGCCUCCUACUGCGUCGAUGGGUCCUUCUCCUAGUGUUUAUGUAAAAAAACACUCGAAGAAGAAACUAAGCACAGGAGCUAUCAUUGCCAUUGCAGCUGCAGCAGGAGGUGUGAUUCUAAUCUUUCUACUUCUGAUGGUUGUCGUGUGCUGUUUGAAGAAAAGGGGUAGUGAGAGAAGUGGUGUUCGCAAAGGCAAAGGUUUUGGCGCCGGAAGGACUGAAAAACCCAAGGAGGAUUUUGGUAGUGGUGUUCAGGAGGCUGAGAAGAACAAACUAGUUUUCUUUGAAGGUUGUUCCUUUAACUUUGAUCUUGAAGACCUUUUAAGGGCCUCUGCUGAAGUGCUCGGAAAAGGAAGCUAUGGGACAACUUACAAAGCCUUAUUGGAGGACGGUGUAACAGUGGUCGUGAAGAGGUUGAAAGAGGUUGUGGUCGGUAAAAGAGAGUUUGAACAGCAGAUGGAAACAAUUGGAAGGGUGGGUCAACAUCCUAAUGUUAUUCCCCUACGAGCUUAUUACUACUCUAAGGAUGAAAAACUUCUUGUCUAUGACUAUGUAUCUGCUGGCAGCCUGUUGGCACGUUUGCAUGGUAGUAAGGAUGGAGAAAAGCCGCCACUGGACUGGGACUCCCGGGUAAAGAUUCUACUGGGAGCCGCCAAGGGAAUAGCUCAUAUCCAUUCUGCUGGUGGUGGCAGGUUCACACACGGGAAUAUCAAAUCCUCCAAUGUUUUUCUUUCCGAGGAUGUCAAUGGUUGCAUCUCUGAUUUUGGUCUAGCUCCUCUAAUGAACUUUCCUGCAGUCCCUCCGAGAAUUGCAGGUUACAGAGCACUGGAAACAAUAGAGACAAGGAAGACCACUCAAAAAUCCGAUGUCUAUAGUUUUGGUGUUCUCCUCCUCGAACUGCUUACAGGGAAGACUCCGGUUCAAUCACCAGGACGUGAUGAUGUUGUUGAUCUUCCAAGGUGGGUCCAGUCAGUGGUUCGCGAGGAAUGGACGGCAGAAGUAUUCGAUGCAGAGCUAAUGAGAAAUCAAAAUAUAGAAGAAGAAUUGGUUCAAAUGCUUCAAAUUGCAAUGGCUUGUGUUUCCAAGGUGCCGGAUUUAAGACCGGAAAUGGAAGAAGUGGUGAGGAUGAUUGAAGAGACCAGGCAAUCCGAUACUUCGAGUCGACCAUCACCUGAGGCAGAGGGGUCCAAGUCAAAAGACUCGAACUCUCGUACACCAUAAGUAACAAAGACGGUUGAUUUUGGUUGCAUAUUACAAUCAUAGCUCAAAAAUUUGCAAAUACAGGCUGAUAAGGCCUGUCAUUCUUUUGUUAUCAGAUUUUAUAAUUGACGAUCAGUAUAGGAAUAUGUUGUUGUAGGCUUGUUUUGAAUUGUACAUUGUUAUUUAUUGGUGUACAUCUAAUUUCAUGUAUGUGUUCUUGGAGCUGACGAGACUCGAAAUUGAUCAUUUGAAACUUGAAAGAGAUUUGGUUA